ACUAGUUUGAACAACUUAUUUUUUUAAGAGUAAUGAACUUAAAAGCUUGUGUUUAUUAAACAAAUUAUUAAUUAAAUGUUAAUUGAAAAUACAUUUGAUUGCAGAGGAAAAUGUAAUUUAACUCAAUGUAGUUUGUUGGUUGAACUUAAUUUCAUUACAAGUUAUCAUAACUCAAAAAGAUUGAUAAAAUGUUGCAUUAUAUAUUUAUUUAUUUAUUGUUGAACCUAGACAUUUAUUUUUAGAGUGUCCUUAUAUUCUUAACUGAAGAGUAUGCAAUGCUUCCUUUAGAUAAUGAAUGAGUUGAAGAAAAUCCAUUUCACCACUACAGCAGGAGAGCAUGUAUUCUUUGAUGAGAAUGGAGACCCAGCAGCGAGGUAUGAUGUGCUGAACUGGCAGCAAGGUAAAGAUGGUAAAACAAUGAUUGUUAAAGUGGGGUUUUAUGAUGCCUCUCUGCAAACACACCGUCAGCUGUCAUUUAACAACAUCAAUAUAUCCUGGGUGCCAGUCUCUGUGUGUAGUCCGAGCUGUCCCCCGGGCACCAGGAAGGCUGUGCAGAAAGGAAGGGCAAUCUGCUGCUUUGACUGUAUACCAUGCGCAGAGGGGGAAAUAAGUAACAUAACAGAUUCUAUAACUUGUAUCAAGUGCCCUCCUGAACUGUGGUCUAAUGACAAGAAGGAUACCUGUGUCUUAAAGCUGGUGGAAUUCCUGUCAUUUGAGGAAAGAAUGGGAAUCAUUCUUGUAUCAUUUUCUUUGUUAGGAGUAUCUUUCACCAUCAUCAUUGCUGUAAUUUUCUUUAAACACAAGGACACACCAAUUGUUAGAGCAAAUAAUUCUGAACUGAGCUUUCUGUUACUCUUCUCUCUUACUCUGUGUUUUCUCUGUUCACUUACUUUUAUUGGAUGGCCAUCUGAUUGGUCCUGUAUGCUUCGCCAUACAGCGUUUGGGAUCAUCUUCGUCCUCUGCAUCUCCUGUGUUCUUGGGAAAACGGUAGUGGUGUUAAUGGCCUUCAGGGCUACACUUCCUGGCACUAAUGUCAUGAAAUGGUUUGGGCCUCUACAGCAGAGACUCAGUGUACUUGCCUUCACUCUUGUACAGGUCAUUAUUUGUGUGAUUUGGCUAAAUGUUUCUCCUCCUUUUCCUUACAAAAAUAUGAAUUACUACAAGGAAAAGAUUAUAUUAGAAUGUAGUUUAGGUUCAGCUAUAGGAUUCUGGGCUGUGCUGGGUUAUAUAGGAUUUUUGGCCUUUUUAUGUUUUAUUUUGGCUUUUCUGGCUCGAAAACUACCUGACAAUUUCAAUGAAGCAAAAUUCAUCACAUUUAGUAUGCUCAUAUUCUGUGCAGUUUGGAUCACUUUUAUUCCAGCUUAUGUCAGCUCUCCUGGAAAAUUUACUGUAGCUGUGGAGAUAUUUGCCAUUUUAGCAUCAAGCUUUGGUUUACUAUUCUGCAUAUUUCUCCCAAAGUGUUAUAUAAUCAUCCUGAAACCAGAGAAGAAUACUAAAAAGCAAAUGAUGGGUAAAUGAUUUAGCCAGCUAAAUAGUCAGUAGUUUUGCACUGUUUAAUAUAUGUUUUAGUUUAGCUAAAAGACUUUUAAACAAAUCGUCAUAGAGACCUAUUAUUCAAUUAAUACAACAAAUAAAGUUAAAAUAAUGCUUUAUCUU